CAUUAAUUGCCGUUAACGAGCCAUCUCUGCUUCAUCUUCUAAGCGCCACGUCUGCGCUUGCUAUUUACGAUUGAGCAGCGGCAAUCCGUCUUGGAAGACUGGGCUUCUCAACCCUCCAGAUUUGCACCACGAGGGUGUCUCCAGUGAGGCGGCCCGGCCCGCAGCUGUCAGGCUCCCUACCAGUUGUUAUCCAGCUGCCGUGUUACUCCGUGGCUCAGGGGGCCCAACUGGCCGGACAGCCAACAGCUAAACUACCUUAGGUAUUGGGGCAGCCGGCACUUCAUCUGCCUCUCCAUAUCUACCUCCCAACUCUCUUCUCUUUUGACCACAACACUUCCCUUCUCUCUCCUCGUCCUGUGGCACCUGUACUAUUCCUUCUCUUAAGAUUUGCGAGCUCGCGAGUGUCAGCGGAUACCCUGUUGUUUUGUCCUUCACACCUCUCUCGCCAAGCUUGCUCAAGCCAACCCCUGUAUCCGCCUUGGCCAGACGCAAGCUUCGCAGCAUACCACACAACCCGCCAGACUCCCGUCGGGAGCUCUCCCUAAUCCCUAAGCGCCGACUUCAUCUCAUUUGCAGCAACUUUACAUCUUUCAUGCACCAAAAUGUCUCGUUCCUCCCAAGCAAGAAGGCGGGAAUCGCGCCUGGUUGCCCGGCCCAUCAAACCAGACCCCGAGUGGUCGCACCCUGCUGCGAGGGUUGAUAUGGACAGCGAGACGCUUCAGAAUGGCCAGAACGACUCUGAUGAGGACAUGAACGACGAAACUUCGACCCAAGCCUUUCACCGCCCAUCGACGGGUCGCCUUGGUCGCUCCGACGCACCGCCGCCUAGUGAGCCGGUCACGGAGACGACUGAGCCGGUCUUGCAGCAGAUCAGGUCGGUAAGCCACGCAGUGCUUAACAGUCCCACCGCAAACGUGGAAGAGAGCUUUUUCCAUGAUUCUUUCCAGGACAUCGGCAAGAAGCUAAAGGAGUGCAACGACACUCUGGGAGAGCUUCAGCAACUGGGCGUUUCUCAUGAUGUGCAACUUCCUGAGCUCGUCCUUGUGGGUGAUCAGUCGGCUGGCAAAUCCAGUCUCAUGUCCGGCCUUGCCAACCUCGACUUGCCUCGAAGCGAGGGAACCUGCACACGCUGCCCUUUGCACAUACGCGUCUCUCGCAACAGCGACUGGUCAUGCCGAGUCUGGCUGCGUAAGGAAUAUUCCUACCAGCCUCCCGAUCACGGUGGCAUCAAUGAGACAGACGUGACCGAUGCGGAUCCAUUCUUCCCUUGGAUCAAGAUGCCGUCCACAUCUAUCCUGGAGUUCAAGACUAUGCAUGACAAGAAUGAUAUCGAGGACGUUCUGCGCUGGGCGCAGAUUGCGAUUCUCAACGAUGGAAAACCUCAUGGGCUGUUCAUCCCAGGCUCGGGCGGCGUUGCCGUAAACAUGUCCAUCGACAAGGCAGCUGAGGAGACGACGGCCAAGUUCUCACCCAACGUCGUCGCGCUCGAGAUCAAGGGGCCUGACUUGCCCGAUCUUUCGUUUUACGACAUGCCUGGAAUCUUUCAGAAUCCAGCUGACGCACGAGACGACUACCUGGUCAAUGUGGUGCGCAACCUGUCGCGCGCGUACAUUACGCACCCGUCAGCCAUCAUCCUCUGUUCCAUGCCCAUGAACACGGAUGCCGAGAACUCGUCGACAUUCGGACUGAUCCGACGUCUCGGAGCCACAUCACGCACGAUUGGUGUCCUCACAAAGGCUGAUCUUCUCUCAGACACUGGUCAUUCUCAGUGGUUGGAGAUAAUGAAGGGCCAGACGCACCACACUGGACUGGGCUACUUCAUCACCUCUCGACCUCAGGGGAAGAACUUGGAGGAUUUGAAGAAGUGGGAAGAGCGAGUAUUUCAAGACCAGUCGUUCGACCGUUGGCCCGAGACCUUCAAAGAAUUUUCGGACCGCUGUGGUGUAGAAAAGCUGAAGGCGUUUUUAUCGGAACGGCUUGGCGAAGACUUCGCAAAAAGCUUGCCAAAUAUCAAGUCCAAGGUCAAAAAGCAUCUGAGAGAGAUCGAGAGCAAGCUUGCCAAGCUCCCAGAGCUGCCGCAAAAUGUCGAGCUCGAGGUUCAGACCGCGCUGCUGACCUUUGGCGACAGCGCGCGCGCCAAAAUGGACGAAUUCAUCCGCCACUUUGGCCCAUUGCCGUUCAACUUUCGCAACUGCCUGCUUGAGAUCAAACCCAAGUUCAUCCUCAAGGAUCGAUCCGAUAUCCCCGUGCUGGAAAUCUCCGACGACGAAUCGGACAGCGCGUCGGUAGCACAGCAGACUCCGUCGAAGCGGUCCGCGCCGACGCAGAUGGUCACCCCUGCCAAAAGGCGGGCAGAUGCGGCAAUGAUGAACGGCAGUUUCAGCAAUGGCAGCGUCAAACCCGAAGAGACUGCGCCUCAACCACAACCCGGCGCUCCGACCGGCGGUCAUCCAGCUCUUGCAAGACGCGCUGUCAUUGCAGAGCCGUUCAACAAGUUUGACAAGGUUGGUCGCGGGUUCCGCACAAUUCGCAGGGUGCGGGAGGAGAUUCAGGAGAAGACCAAGGCUGGAAUGCCUGGUCUCAUCUCAGAUGAGGUCUAUGAUGAUCUUGUGCGGGAGGCUAUCAAACCUUGGCAAGGGCCGACUCGACUCUUCCUGGAGGAGACAAUGAAGGAUCUUCGGUCGAAACUCGACAAGACGCUGAGCCAAGCCCUCGACAGCCUCAAGGAAAGAACAAUUUUCAAUCAGGCGAAAGCUGCCGUGCAUUCAUGCCUGGCGGAGAACAGCGCCAAGACAAAGCACGAGCUGCUCCAGCUUUACGCGGACGAGUGCGAGCGUCUCAUGACCUUCAACGAGGAUGCUUUCCGACAGUACCGAGAGUAUGAGCAGAUUUCCCUUACGAGAUUCCGCCACAAGAUGCGAAUGGAGGCACAGGUAGAACGUACGCGCCCGCUGCUGGAGUGGGCGGAGAUGACGGAGGAAAAUCGCCUCCUGGACCAUAAGCGGCGUGAGAAGGAGCUGCUCAAGCUCGGACCCGACCAGUUUGCACGGGAGAUUGAGGUCGUUGCGUACGUUAGGGGGUACUAUCGACUGGCAGCCUUGCGCUUCGCGGACGCGGUGUCUCAGCGAAUCCUUUGUCGCAUGAUCCCGGAGAUCCGACGCAAGCUGCCGUCUUACCUUGAGGAUAAGCUGGGCCUGCGCGGCCCGUGCUCGCAGAGUGUCUAUGAGAGGCUUAUGGAGGAGAACGAGCAGACUGCAAACAACCGCGAGAUGCUGAAGAGCGAGAGAGAGAAGUUUGGCAAAGCGCUCGCGAGUAUUGAGCUGCUGGAGUCGGGCGCCCGCGGCGGUGACAACGCUGUGGACGUGAUGGAUGUGGAAGAGAGCACCCAGCCCAUGUCAGUGUCUCACGAUGUCAACACUGACGCGCACGAAGGCGAAGCUUAAGCACACGCGGCCCGUUUGGUGGUGUAUGAUACGGGGGUUUGGUACAGGGUCGUGUGGAUGAAUGGGCGUUGGUGUGUCUAGCGCCGAUGGUAAAGCACAGGGAUAUGAGUGCGUAGGUAGUCAGUCACGAGGGUUGCGAACUUCAGCUGUGCCUCUUUCACGGGGCUGCUAUAUGCACUCACGAGGGUGAGUGAUGGACGUAAGUAGGCCCCUAGAUAGAUGCCAAGGACGCGAGCGGCACACUGUCAUGUGUGUGUCGUUGUAUACAUGAGCCGAC